CACACACACUAUAUUGUCACCAAUAUCAAAGGGAUUUCAGUAUUUACAAAAGUAAUAUAUUACUCUCUUUUAAAAAUGUCUCUUUUAAAUAAAACAAACAAAGGUUCACAGUUUUAAACAUGUCCAUGGGUAUUGCUUCUUUUUCUUUUAUACAGUCUUUGGGUUUAAGUCUUUUCAAAUGGUCAAUUUGUUUGCAAACUAUAUCAGCUGUGGUACAUUGCAUUAUUGAUUAAUAACCAUUCUGCAUCUUAUCUUCCAGAUUUUUGUGGUGACAAACAACUAACCAGUGCACUUCAUGCAAGUGUACUUCAUGACACAGCAUCAAAAAAUAUUCCUAACCCAAUAAUAUAAAACGUGUGACCCAGUCAAAGAGCUGCAUUUCCGCAGACUCACCUCCAGGCCGCCAGGUGGCGCUCUCACUGAACCGCGCUACACUCCUCUAGAACAGCUCCAAAAAGGAGACUCAAUCCGCCAUAUAUGAUGUCGCAGAUUCGCCAUAAACGCCUGCUAAAGUAAUUUUAAUACAAUAAAUACCACUUCAGAUGUUGUUUAGAGCCGUAAAUACAUAUAAGAAUCAUUUGUUGUUUUUUGGACUACUGAUUUAAUUGAGAAGCAUGGACCCAGCGCGAGCAGAGGGAUCUUCAGUCUUCAUGUGUAAAAUCUGCAACCUGUUCUCUCCCAAUAAAUCCCUGCUCCUGUCUCACGUACUUGAGAAACACACCGACGAAGGUGGCGAUGCAGAGGACAUUAUUAUCCCGCUCAAACCUUUACAGUCUCCACAAGUACCAGAGGGCAUCAAAAGAAAACGCGGUAGACCAAAGGGAUCCACUAAGAAAGCCCAAGCAGAUGUACAGAGGCCGAACAAAUUGUCCAGUCAACCAAAGAAAGAUAUAGCUGAUGUGCUGACGGAAUCACCAAUUAAAGCACAACACGCUGAAGAUGGCACCGGUUUGGAGUGCAAGAAAUGCCAACGCAAGUUCAGCAACAAACGGCAAAUUUCCAAACACAUCUGCUUUGCAGAUCUCCGAGAUGUUCCUGAUGACGAUGACUUCCAGAGUGAGAACCCUGGUCCUAUUGAAAUAGUAGAUGAAGACGACGAAGAUGUAGAAUGCUCACCAAAGAAGGCGAGAACAGUGAAGGCAGACAAGGUCUCUGGUGUAAAGGACCCUGAGUCGACAGGCUGUACCAAAAACCCCAUAGUCAGCGUGGUUCUUGCAGCACAUGAAGCCAUUCCCGGUGCCACAAAAAUAGUUCCCAUUGAAGCUGCUCCAGCUGAGGAGGUUAUGCAACCUGAUGGAACUGCAGAAGAGUCUACACAGAAGAAAGGUUACCAAGAAUAUGCCAUACAGCAAGCUGCUUAUGAAGUGCCUCUGAAAUCGAACAGGAUAGGGCAGACGCAGUUGAAAAUUUUCACCUGUGAAUACUGCAACAAGGUUUUCAAGUUCAAACAUUCCCUCCAAGCCCACUUGCGCAUCCACACGAACGAGAAGCCGUUCAAAUGCAGCCAGUGUGACUACGCCAGUGCUAUCAAGGCCAAUCUCAGCGUCCACAUGCGGAAGCACACCGGGGAAAAGUUCAGCUGUGAGCACUGCUCGUUUAACUGCCUGAGCAAGGGUCACCUUAAAGUGCACGUAGAGAGGGUGCACCAGAAAAUUAAGCAGCACUGCCGCUUCUGCAAGAAGAAGUACUCCGACGUCAAGAACUUACUUAAGCACAUCCGAGAGAGCCAUGAUAUGGAAGACGGGAAAGUCAAGGACUCUUACGACGAGUACAGGCUCCAAACCAGAGAAGGCAAACGGCAGCUGCUCUAUGACUGUCAUGUCUGUGACCGUAAAUUCAAGUAUGAGUUGGAGCGCGAUCGGCAUCUGAUGGUCCACGGUAGCAACCGACCGUAUGGCUGCGAGUUGUGCGAUCAUGGGUCGACAAAGUUUCAAGCUCUUCAGGCUCAUGUUCGAAAGCAUCCCUUUGUGUACGUGUGCUCAGUUUGCCUGCAAAAGUUUGUCAGUACCGUCCGGCUCAAGUUGCACUUCGGUGAGUCCCACGCAGGAAUGGACGAAUCCACGACUUUCGCCGAGUCCAUCAAGAGCAGUUUCUGUCUGUUGAAACCUGGGGAUGACAUUCAGCGGGACAUGCUGAGACAAGAUGAGUUGGAGAUCAGCAAAGAGCUGUCCCUCCUCAAUGCACAGGAAGUGCUAGCCACUGAAAUGGACGGUGUAGAGGAACAAGAGGCAGAAGGUCCUGGCAGUUUAACUACAGAAGAAUUGGUACAUGAUUCCCAAGAGGAUAUAGCCACAACGGAGAUCGCAGAGAAUUGCCCAAUUGAUACUAGUACAGCUCUGGACGCUGAAAUGCAUGGAAGUGUCUCUGGGGAUUUGUCAGACAAAGAACAGCUGCGGGAUCAUUUGCCAAAUGUGGACUGUAGUGUAACAGAAUUUAAUAAUCCUGGUGAAGGAAAUACAAACUUGCCCACGCAGACUGAGAUAGCAUACAUGUCACCGAAAGACCAAAUGCUGUCAGAAGUCCCGACGGACAUGUCUUUUACUCAGAGCAAGGUUGAGUCUAGUGUUACUCAAAGCAGCCCUCCCCCUAGUGGUACGGAGGAUUUGGCAACCACACAACUAGAGGAAAAAUCUGCAUUUGCACAGAUUUUAGACCAAAUGCAGAAAAGGCAACUAAACCUGGAAGUGUUUGAGAGAAUACGGAAGGUCUACGGAGAUCUGGAGUGUGAAUACUGUGGAAAGCUUUUCUGGUACCAGGUGCACUACAACAUGCAUGUAAGAACACAUACGCGAGAACAUCUGCAUUACUGUUCCCAGUGCAGCUACUCGUCCAUUACCAAAAACUGCCUGAAGCGUCAUGUAAUACAGAGACACAGUAAUGUUCUCCUCAAGUGCCCUUCAGAAGGAUGCCAGUACUCUACACCUGACAAGUACAAGCUGCAGGCCCAUCUUAAAUCUCACUCAGAAAUUGUUAAGAAGAGCUUUGUUUGUCCCAUCUGUAAGAAGGCAUUACCGGAAGACAAACUUAGGCAUCAUAUCAAAUCUAACCAUCCAGAUACCUCACUAACGACCACUUUAGAGGCGCUGGGAAUACGUGCCCAUGUCAAAGGUGUCAUCGGAAAACGAGCCUCUAAAUGUCCAUACUGUGAUUGCUACUUCACAAGAAACGGAACUGACAUGCAGCAGCACAUCUGGGCUCAUGAAGGAGUAAAACCCUUUAAGUGCUCGCUGUGCGAUUACGCCUCACGCAGCAAAAGCAACCUGAAGGCUCAUUUGAACAGGCACAACACCGACAAGAGCCACCUGUGUGAUCUGUGCGGGAAGAAGUUCAAGUCCAAGUGCACGCUGAAGAGCCACAAGCUCAUGCACUCAGCAGACGGAAAGCAGUUCAAAUGUACUGAGUGUGAUUUCACUGCAGCACAGAAGCCACAGCUCCUCCGCCACAUGGAACAGCACGUCUCCUUUAAGCCAUUCCGUUGCGCACACUGCCACUACUCGUGCAACAUCUCAGGUUCUCUUAAAAGACACUAUAACAAGAAGCAUCCGGGGGAGCAGUAUAGCAACACGGGUCCUGGAACACCCACUUCAGAGACUGUGAUGGAGCAAGGUGGAGUGAAGUGUCCAGUCUGUAACUAUGUUUACGGAACGAAAUGGGAAAUGAACAGACACUUGAAGUGCAAGCAUGGACUCAAAGUUGUUGAGAAUCAGUGGGAGGUGGUAGAAUCAGCAGACGAACCAAACACGCAGUAUCUUCAGAUUGCUGAGACGGAGGAUGUGCAGGGAACAGAGUCUGCCGUUUCAGUGCUGCAGAACAUUCGCUUUAACACACAGAAUGGUGUUGUCUCAGCCACAGCUUCAGACAGACUGGAUCCAGCGUCGGUUAACAUCCUUCAGCAGAUAAUCGAGCUUGGCACAGAGAGCCCAGACACUGUGGCCUCCGUGGUUGCCAUGGCGCCUGGCACAGUCACCGUGGUGGAGCAGGUGAGUGAAGAGGAGCAGCAGCAGACAGACCAUGCCAUGAUGAUCCAUGAUGCACUGCAGCAGGCCACUGUGGGUCUGGGAGAAGAGCAUCACUUGGUGGUGUCUUCAGACGACGUGGAAGGCAUCAAGACGGUCACGGUGUACACACAGGGUGAAGACGCAUCGCAGUUCAUUGUCUACGUUCAGGAGGCUGUCCAAACUGAAGAGGGCACUGCAGAGGUGACCUAAAAGACUUUUGAGCAUUCUGAAGGCUGUACAAAUGGAAAGGCUUUCUAAAGCUUGGAAGGAUGCAGAAAAUGAAAUGAAAUGGUGUUGAAUGCCAGCUGAUGAGCUAACGCGCAGAAAAUAGAGGCAGUAGUCGCAUGCAGUACACGAAAACAGCAUACGAUUCCUUUAUUUAUUUAUUUUUCCAAAGACAUACAGGAGAAGUCUGGUGAAAAUCUCCUUCCUAACUCAUUCUUUUUGUAGGUUUUUAUAAUACAGUGAAUUUGAUGGGUUUCAAGAUGACUGAAUUGGAUUGGCUCGCUAAAUCGUCUGUACCUGAAGUAUUCUGGACUUCACCAGAAUCUGACCUCGAACUGAUGACAAGCGAUUUGAUGUAAUACCACAGCGCUGUCUAAACGCACCAUUCUGAUUAGUCAGAAGUACGGCAGCAGUCCGCAUAAAUGCGUUUUCAAAACGCGUGUAAGCCGUUGAUAAGGAGAUGCAUUUUUUCAAGGAGUCUCUCUUUUUUUUAGCUUUAACUCAGAGUGAGAGGGGGGGGGGAGAAUGCAGGGAUAAUUAUAGCAGUUUAUAGCUGCUGUAAUGUAAGUGAUAACAGGAACUAACUGGUUUCUGGGACGUUCCAUAACAUUAAAUGUAACUAUACAUAGAUUAAAAAGCAUGGUGUCAUUUUUUUUUUUUAAAUGACUAAAUCUGGCAACUUGCUGCGGUAUAAGAGGAAUAAAACAACACUGCGUUGUUUAUCACAGCUCAUCUCGAAAGUUUCCUAAUUAUUUAAUAUUUUUGCUCUGAAUCUUAUAGAUGUAAAGGGCGCACGGUGGCUUAGCGGUUAGCACGUUCGCCUCACACCUCCAGGGCUCGGGGUUCGAGUGCCACCGUGGCCCUGAAGUUGUUUAGAACAUGGAGUUUGCAUGUUCUCCCCGUGCUGCGUGGGUUUCCUCGCCCAGUCCAAAGACAUGCUGGGCGUGUCUAAAGUGUCCGUAGUGUAUGAAUGGGUGUGUGUAUGUGAGUGUGCCCUGCGAUCGAUUGGCACCCUGUCCAGGGUGUACGCCGCCUUGUGCCCGAUGCUCCCCAGGUUUCCCCGUGACCCUGAAAAGGAUAAGCGGUAUAGAAGAUGGAUGGAUGGAUCUUUAGAGAUGUAAAAGUAACGUGCCCGAAUUCACCUUUUGAUAUUUGGGACUUGAAUAUUUAGGUUUAAAUUAUUCAAACUUUAAUACAUGUGGAUUGGAAAAUUGGCAGUAGUCGGGCCAGGAUUUGAAAGAAACCCAUCGCUUUUGCCACCUGCCAGUUGUGAAACGUCAUCAGUCAAACUGUUUGGCAAUUUGUGCAUGUAACUACGUAAAUAUAGCGAAAUUUCUAACGAGUAAAUACUUAUGUUAAAUGCAUUUCUUGCACGUAAAUAUUUUUGUCCCCUUGACAUGUUACAUUGGUCUUGUACUUAAUGGAGGUUUCCAUUUUUGCUUUUGUACCUGGGCAUCUUACUGCCACCUACUUGCAAUAAGUGGUGAAGCCUUACUGCAAACACAAGACACAGAGACUGGUGAGAAAUGAAUAUUGUAAUGAAUGUAAUGUACGUUUCUGAAAUAUCUGCCUAGAUCUGGAGCUGUCCAUGAAGUGCCGCAACUAUAGUACAUUAUAGUAUUUAAUACUAUUAGAAUUUAAGACUUUUUUUUUUUCCUUUACUUCAAAUCUUAUGUAGAUUAUGUGCUUUUACCAGACAGUAAUUGAUGGGAAAAACAUGAAUCUGAGAUUACACAUGCUCAGCGAAACUGGACAGAUAAUUGGACAAAAAAAAAGCCAACAACAGGGGUCUCAUUUA